UACCAGGACACACCUUUUAUUAACUCUGAUUUGGAAUAUGGAUGGCUUUGCAGACUUCUAUAAAACAAAGAAACUGACAAUGAGGAACCAUUGACUUCUCAAAAUUGAGGCAAAGAAAAGCAGCAAUGAAAAUCCACACAAGAUGGAGUUGCACUAUUUUAUAUGUUCUCCACAACAUGUACAUCAUCUGGGCAGAGAGAUUUAAAGUUGUUGGACCUUCUAAAGCUGUUAUUACUUUUGAUGGAAAUGAUGUGAUCCUGCCGGCCUUGCUCUCACCAGCCCUCAAUGCUGAGAAGUCUGAAGUCAGGUGGUUUCGAGAAGAUUACUCAACUCUAGUACUUUGGUAUCAGAAUCACCAGAUUAAACCCGAGAGACAGAGUCAGUCCUAUAAAGGAAGGACCACACUUUUUCUGGAAGACCUCCAGAAUGGAAAUGUAUCUUUAAGACUUCUGAAAGUUCAUGCUUCUGACACAGGCCGCUACCGAUGUCUUGUGAACACUGAACAAUGGGAGGAUGAAGCUGAAAUUACUCUGAGCGUUGAAGUCUUGGGUAGUCAGCCCUCCAUUUCCAUUAGAUCUACUGAGGACCAGCAAAUUAAAUUGGAGUGCAGCUCUGAAAAGUGGAGCUCUCAACCUGAAAUUAUCUGGAAAGACAUGAAUGGAGUGGACAUGACAUCAGGGUCCACUUUAACAUCACAACAGGACAGCGAGAGACUCCUCAGUGUGAGCAGCAUCAUUCCAAUCAAAUCAGAGUUCAAUGUGUUCUCCUGUCUCAUGAGAAGUAAAGCCUCAAAUCCCAAUUGGCCUUCAGCACUUAACAUCUACAAUUUCUCUCCAGGAUACUCUGGCUGGUCAGUGGUUUUCUGGAUAUCAUUGGUCAUCUACUUGAUAGCAAUGGCUCUGCUGAUAUUUAGCUGGAAAAAAAUGAAAGAAAAAAACGCAAGAUAUGAACCUAAAGUUAAUUUUCUACAACUCUGUUACCUACGCAAGGAAAUUGAGUUGGCAAAACAUCCUGCUUUGAAAGUCAUAAAACGAUUCCGUCAUGAAGAUCUCCUCAAAGUCACUGAAUACUACAAGCCCUACCUGGCAUAUGUGAUUAAAAGUAAAAUGACAAGCAUCCUGCAGAGCCUGGAAGCUAAGCACAUCCUUACCACUGAUGAUGCACAAAUUUUCAAAUCCAAAGAAGAGUCUAACGGGACAGAAGGCGUGAAGUCUUUCAUUAGUGACAUGAUGAAGGACAAUAUGGCACUGACCGGCCUGUGGGAGGCACUGACUGAUGAACUUGUGAGAUUUCCAUCACCAAAUAUGAUCAGAAUAAUGGAGGAAGUGGCAGAUAGUGGAAAGAAGCUUUUAGAAGAGAUUGAGGCCAGUGUCAAAUCACCUGUCCUUGACCUUCAUCUUAAUGACCUUUAUGAGAAACACAAGAUUGCUGUGUCUGAGGCCAUGAAAUCUCUAUAUGAUCAUCCUUCAUUUGGAGAUUCACACAUCAGAGCUGUGAACUUUGAGACUCAAUACACUGAGCUGAUGGUCUUUAAACAGGACACGGUAACCCAUAAUGAAAUUGAACAUGAACUUUUGAAAACUGGCCGGAGUCGCGCAGAGCUGGAAGAGGGACAGGUAACGGAGAAAUGUGAGAGAAUCUGGACUGAACAAAUAUUUAAGAGAUGUCCUGAAAGUAUACAUUCUGCAAAUAUAGUAGCCAGUGGAACAGCUGGAAUUGGAAAGACCACCAUGGUCCAGAAGAUCAUGUUUGACUGGGCCAGAGGCACACAGUACCAGAGGUUUGCAUUUGUGUUUCUGUUUAAAUUCAGGGAGCUCAACCUCCUAGAAAAUGAGAAGGAGUCAAAGAUAUCACUGACCAAACUGAUUGUAAGAUACUAUAAUUACUUAAAUGACCAGAAAUUGAGAGAAAUCCUGCAGAACCCCAAAUCUCUCCUCUUUAUAUUUGAUGGAUUGGAUGAGUACAAACACAAACUGGACUUUACAGAGAGUCAGCUCUGCUCAAACCCAGAUGAUGAUUCUCCACUUUAUGUCCUGGUGGCAAGCCUUGUCUACCGGACAUUACUUAAGGGUUGUUCAGUCCUGAUCACUAGCAGACCAACCAGCCUGGAGUCCUUGAAUAUGGAUAAAGUUGACCGAUUUGUACAGAUCCUGGGGUUCUUUCCUGAACAAAGGCUGAUGUAUUUUAACAAGUUCUUACAUGAUGUUAACAUGGGCACUACGGCUUUUCAGUAUGUGGAGGAGAACCCGAUCCUCUAUCCCUUGUGCUUCAAUCCCUUGUACUGCUGGAUUAUCUGCUCUGUGCUAAAGAGCCACUUCAUGAUACCUGAAGAAGAGCAACAAGCCACACUUGGAACUGUCACUGAUGUGUUUGCGAUGUUCAUUCACAACAUCCUCACCAGUCACAGGAGAGAAGCCGACAACCAGCAGGCAAUUCUGGUUAAACUGGGAAAGUUAGCUUAUUACGGAGUGGAUAAUCAAAUUUUUGUAUUUUCUGAGAAGCAGGAGAUGUCCACUUUUGGUCUACAGCCAUUUUUGUCCUCUCCAUUCCUCUCUGGAUUCUUGAAGAAACAAACCACUCCAGAACACACAGCAUACACAUUCUACCACUCCACACUGCAAGAGUUCAUGGCUGCCUGCUCCUUCUACCUCAAUCCAUCAGGGUGUGUUGAGGAGCUGCUUCUAAAACUAGACUCAUGUAAAGAUGGCCGGUUUGAGAUUCUCAUUCAGUUCAUGGUGGGACUGGCAAGGCCUUCCAUAUUUAAAACACUGGGUGAAAUCAUGGGUGAGUUUGAAAAGAACACCAUGGAGCACAUACUGAAGUGGGUGAAGGAGAAAGCUGAACAGGCAUUACAAGGCGGUAAAAGUGAAGCUCUACAGGUGUGUCAGUGGCUCAGUGAGACUCAGAAUAAGCAAUUAAUUAGAGAUGCUAUUGGAGAGAAUUUAAAGAUGGACUUUAGUAAGAUGACUUUGUCUCCAUUAGACUGUGCUGUGCUGGCCUCUGUCAUCCGCUGUUUUGGGGAACUUGAGGUCCUUAACCUGUCAGAAUCAAAUCUCACUAUAAACUGUAUCAGGAGACUGGUGCCGGGUUUCAUCUACUGCAAGCAAGUCAAGCUGAACUCUUGUGGUCUAACCUCCGAAUGUUGUUCAGCUCUCUCUUUAGCCCUUUCCUCUCCACAUACACGACUGGUUGAACUGGAAAUGAACAAAAAUAACUUUGAGGAUUCAGGAGUUAAUCUGCUGUGUGAAGGACUGAUGAGCCCAAACUGUAAAUUAGAGAUAUUAUGGUUGGUGUCAUGUGGUCUUACCUCAGGAUGUUGCUCAGCUCUCUCCUCAGUCCUUUCAACUCCACACUCACCACUGAUUGAUCUGUGGCUCAACUAUAAUAACCUGCAGGAUUCAGGAGUAGAUUUGCUGUGUGAAGGGCUGAACAGCACAAACUGUAAACUAAAGAGACUGAGGCUGUGGGCAUGUGCUCUCACUGCUGGAUGUUGUGCAGCUCUCUCCUCCGCUAUCUCUUCUGAACAUACACACCUGAUUAAUUUGAGCAUAGGAGCAAAUAACCUGGAGGAUACAGGAGUAUGCAUACUGUGUGAAGGGCUGAAGAACAAGAACUGUAAAUUAGGAAUACUGUGGGUGAGUGCUAAUGGAAUCAGUGAGUGUGAGAGGAAGAACCUGGAGUCACUACAGGACGAGUUGAACAAAUCUGGACGACGAGUGGAUAUCAACAUAUGAGAAGAUCAUCUUUGGCAAUCAAAAUGACACCUCAGUGGAGCUGUCCCUAUUCACUCACUCGUAUCAACUCAAUCCAUUAAAAGCAAUCCCUUUGUUCUAUAAUCCCAACUUCAGCCAAUGUAUAAAAAAACCUACCAUUUUCUGAAGUUGGGUAGUUCUCGUCUGGCCCUGUAAUCCUGAACUGUUGACAAAUUGCAAGUUAGCUGUCACUACUAGAAGGAUAAAGACUGUGAGGAUAGUCCUCUGAAAAUCAUUGCAUAACAAAGUAUAUGCCACCCAGGAAAACAGAAGGAACAGAUACGGUUUCAGGGUCCAAUUGUAGAGGAGCAGGGUGCUGGGGCCUAGCCUUGCAAUGGGCAUAAUGCUUGGGUAAACCUUAGAUGGGAUGUGGUACCUCAUAGGACAUUGCUAAUGUUUAUUUGAAUAGGAAAGUCUCAAAAACGGGUGCUCCUCUUUAGUAUUUGGCGUUGUUUCAACCUGUUUCUGCGCCUUUCCUCAUUUUAUUGUCACCAUUUCAACAUAAAUCAUGAAUGGAGUUUCUGACUGAACAAACAAUCUAGUUUUAUGACUUGAACUUCAUGACUAACAGUUAUAGUGGAUUUGUCACAAUCCUUGUCAAGGUAGUGUGCGGAAGGGAUUAAGAGCCAUAAAAAUAUGUAAUGUGUUACCGAGUAAUGCAAUAGACAGUAGCCUGCUGAGUACCUCCUGAUGAGCUACACUUGACUGAAUAUCCUGCUGUCAUUAAAACAUUCUUAUAUACAGGAAAGCAGAACUUAUGAAUAUAUUCUUCCUUAGUUCUAGUCAAAUGAUUUCCCAAAAGAAGCAUUACAGUAUAUACAUAACACACUGAUGAGACCUCACCUGAAUUACUGGGUUCAGUUUCGAUCUCCAUAUUACAAGAAAGACAUAACAGGGCUGGAAAAAGUCCAGAGAAUAGCGUAAUGUUCUACCCAUGUCAUUGCGGCUUGUCCUUCUUUUUACCACAAAGCUAAUUUAUUCUAUACUAGCCGUUUCAAUUUAGGCAGGUCUUGGCCAAACAGAUUUUACUGAGCAGCAGAGGAUUGCAAGGCUUUCACUUUACAGAUGAUGACAAUUUUGCAGGGUGAAAGCAAUGAUCUGAUAAAACGGGACAGGCACCAGCUUGCAUGUCUUGCUAGUGUUAGCAAAAAAGAGACAGACGUGAUUAGUGAGGUCAAUUGAUGUUUAUGUUAAUGAAGUCUGCACACAUAAAGGAAAGUUCUGGUAUGGCCCCAUCCACAUUUUUAUGUCAAAAAUAACACUACAGAUGAAAUCUUAGUAAAGUCACAGAAUAGAAACUGAACUGUUCUGCAGUACAUGUACUCCCCCUUGAGAUCUCUCGUUUCACAUUUGUAGUAGAAUUUUGUUAAAUGCCAACUACUGAUUUCUGCCUAUGCUCAUUAUUUAAAAAUUGAGCCAUUUGUUAAACCACUAAAUUGAUAUUCAGUGUUUUGUAGUGUGAACUAAAGUGUGAAAUCUUAGCAAACUUUAAGCAGGAAUCCUAAUAGCCAUUGCACAGGGUAAAUCUUUGUGAAGCAACAUGGCUCCUGCUGUUUAACCCUCCUCUUUGAUCCGUAAGGCUAUCUAAGUGAGCUUUGAUGUGAUCGGCUUUUACUGACACUGUUCUUCACUGUCUUCCUAAAACAUUGUCAGCUUGUAAACAAGCUCAAUUGUAAAAAAAAAGGGGACAUUUUAUAAUUAAAGACAUCAAAAUGUAACACUGCUGUUUCUCCUGCGGGGUACACAUGCAGAAACCAUGGUGGGCUGGCACAGGAUGAACUAUAAAGACCACCUGGGUGUAAUCCAUGAAACAUGCUUAUGAACCAGAGACUUUUCUGAUUGAGCCUUGCUUGAAUAAGCCUUAUUUUCAAGUUAAGGCUCAGUCAAUUUCAUGAACACAAAGUCUUUCUUGUUAACUCAAAACAGGCUUACACAAUCCAUGAUUAUGCAUGCACUAGUGAGAUUUAAAUAGACCCAAGAAACUGUCAUCAAUAACAUCAAUCAAGGUUCAACAAGACACAGAAGAGAGGCAAUAUCUGCAUACAGAGUACCUAUGACUUUAUGUGUGAAACUGAUGUAUAACAGGAUAGCUUAAAAAUAUUUAGAGUUUUAUUUAAUUGUCAUAAAAUAGAAGAAUGUGGACCAGAGAUGGGGGUGACCUUUUCUGCAGUUGAUCAAGAAAUAAUUCUUCAUUUAUAAUAGCACAAAAAGCCAAUGUGUCCAUGUGGUACCCGGAUGGGGGUGGUACCCAGCUGGGACGCCUGAGAAGACCAGAGGAGGGCUUGUGCCUCCUCCAGACCUCGAAGAGGCGACCGCCCUGGGAGCCAUGGGUACAGAGCUGGGAAGCUCGACCCUGUAAGGGCCCGUGGUCACCGCCAGGGGGACCCCAAUACCUGGAGAACCCUGGACCUCACCACUUCCGCCACACCAGGAAGUGCUGGGGGGAAGAGGAACAGGGACACCUGGAGUGCUUCCGGGGAUACAGCCGGCACUUCCGCCACACUGGGGCGUGUCGGUGGGAGAUUGCCAGGGACAAACCUGGAGCACAUCCGGGUGCUUAUUUAAAGGGGCCGCCUCCCUUCAGAGAAUGACUUGAGUCGGGUGGAAGAAGGACAAGGUCUCUGGAGGAGAGAAGGAGGUGUUCUGAAGACAGAGAGAGAAGGCAUUGUUGAUUGGCCUGGACUGUGGGGUAUUGAGGCUUGUUGAGUAAUUUGUAUACUAUGGAGACCCUGAAUAAA